AUGAAGAUAAUCACAUGGAACUGUCAAGGUGCAGCGUCUAAGAGCUUUCUUAGAGCUGCAAAAUGGAUUCUGAAAAAACAUCGUCCUGACAUGUUGUGUUUAGUUGAAACAAAGACAUCCGGGCAUACCGCGGACUCCAUCUGCAUGAAACUUGGCUUUGACGAGUGGGCAAGAGUAGAGGCCCUUGGUUAUAGUGGAGGUAUUUGGAUCCUUUGGUCAGGAGGGUUGUUGGUUGAAGUUUUAAAUUCCCACCCUCAGUUUGUGCAUGUAUCAGUUAAGGAACCGAACGGGAGAAAAUGGAAUUUCUCCACGGUUUAUGGCAGCCCUUCCCUCUAUCUUCGUAGGCGGCUUUGGACUGCUUUAGGUAGAAAUACAGUACAGGUGAAUCACCCUUGGCUGAUAGCUGGGGAUUUCAACGCUAUUGUGAGCCAAGAAGAAUGUUCUAACGCUCAUAAUGCGGGAAACCAUAGAAACGACGAUUUCAAAAACUGGAUUUUCAGAGAAGCCCUUAUCGACCUCGGUUUUGAAGGUCAGAAAUUCACAUGGAGACGUGGACGAGAAAGAGAAACCUUUAAAGGCGCUAGACUCGAUCGUGCUCUGUGCUCUAUGGAGUGGAUGGACUGCAUGCCUCAUACGAAAGUGAUACACCUCACGGCUUUAGGAUCUGACCACUGCCCGAUCCUCAUUGAUAUGGACACGCAAGAAAGAAAGAAAGGUGACAGAUUCAUGUUUCAGGGCGCAUGGACUAGACACCAUUCAUUCAUUGAUAUUGUUCGUCAACACUGGAUUAAGGAAAACACAGUGUGGCAAAACUUAGACGAGAUGACUACCAAGCUUAAGGAUUGGAACAGAAACGUCUUUGGCAACAUCCAUCUUAGGAAAAACAAACUGUUGCGGCGCCUAGAAGGGAUUCAAAGACAGUUUGAUCAUGCACACCAUACUGGUCUACUCAAACUGGAAUGCAAAAUCAAAAAAGAGUUGGAAGAGACGUUGCAGCAAGAAGAAUUACUCUAG